UUGGAUACACAACCUGACUCUGACAUGGCACAGCAAAGAGGAUCCACGCUGUUCAGGAGAUGGCUGUUUGUCUUACUUAUUAAAAGUCAUGUUCCCUCUGUUGGAUGCCAGAAGACUUCAGAUGUACCAUCAGUUAAUUGCACUAAUAAUAAUACCCAAUCCCUUUAUGCUGAAAUUAACACCGCUCUCUGGAGUAAUAAAAUGCGACCUGUUACACACCCAAGUGAGGUUCUAACUGUUAAACUGGGGUUAAGUGUUGCUGGUAUCCUGGGCGUGGAUGAAAAGAAGCAGGUCACGACAGCAUUUAUUAUAAUAACAAUGGACUGGAUGGUGCCAUUUCUGAGCUGGAACAAGGCUGAAUGUGGAUUUGAAAAUAUAUCAUACCCAGCAUCUGAGCUGUGGCUGCCGAGUAUACAAAUAGCUGAGCACAUGGAUGAAGAAAUAAACAUUGACAUCCCCUACCUUCAGCUCAAUUACACUGGCGGGGUUCAUCUCGUUCAACUUAAAAGAGUUGUUGCCUCGUGUCAAAUGGACAUCUACAAGUUUCCUUUUGAUGCCCAGAACUGCUCACUUACUUUCCAUUCCUACUUGCAUGAAGAAAAUGAACUGAAGCUGAUGUCUAAAUCGGCCACGUUUAUUUUUGACUCAUCCGUUCACUCUGACUCGGGAUGGAGAUUUGUUAACAUAACAGACCUUGUAUCUGCUACUACAUUUACCAGCAAAAGGGCUUUUUCUGCUGUUAAAUACGGUAUAUUCCUUAAACGUGAGGCCAGUCUCUACAUAUUGAACCUUCUGGUCCCGAGUUGCUUCCUGAGUCUGUUGGACCUAUUCAGCUUCUUCCUGUCUCCUCAAAACGUUGAUCGCUCUGCAUUCAAAAUGACUCUUAUCCUGGGCUAUACUGUCUUUCUUCUCAUCACUAAUGACCUCCUGCCUGAUAGCUCCUCACACACGGCCCUUAUAAAUGUAUUUUUCUCUCUCAGCUUGGCGCUCAUGGUGGCCAGCCUUUUGGAAGCGAUGCUCAUUGUUAACCUAAGUAACACCUCAAAACAUUACCCCAAAGUACCCCGGUGGCUCCGCGUCCUCGUACUGGACUUCCUUGCUCACCUCCUGUUCAUGUCCCCUAAACUUCCUGCUGCUCCGGUCACAGUGACUUUUAACCCACAUGCGAAGGUGAGGCAGGACAUGUCAGGUGAAGCAACGACACCUGCUGAGGCUGAAGAAAGGGAGAAGAUUGAGGGUGCAGCCAUGGUGGAUGAGCUGAAGAAAGUGGCCCGAGACGUACAGGCCAUACGACUAAGAUUGGAAGAACAUCUGAGCCCCAAAGAGAACGAAUGGAAGCUGAUUGCGGACGUUAUCGAUCGCCUCCUGUUUCGUAUUUACCUCCUCUUUGUGAUUGUGACCUACAUUACCAUACUAGCUAUGUGGCUCAAACACUGAAUGUAACACUGCAAAAAAU